AACAACCUCAUAGCAAGAGACUCCGGCCAUGGAGAGUUGAGUUGAACGUAUUGAGCAGGGAGCAGGAGCGAGUUUUGCUGCAGCAGAGCAGCCAAUAGUGACAGAUAGCCUUGUGCGAUGAGGAAGGAUAACGUCGAACAGCAAGUACAAAUCGAUACACUUUUUCACUGAGAAGUUCAAAACUGCCGGAUUGCUUGGAUCACUCGUUUCGAUGUUCAUAGAAGAAAAACAGUUCGGUGAACGCCUACUGUGUUCCGCAGUUGAUGCAGCGGAAAAGUGAAAUCUAAAAAAACGCGAAGUCUCGGGUGUAUAAUCGAGUGAGUAAUUAAGCGCAACGAGGUGGUCGACAUUCGGAAGAAGAGGUGGUUGUUGGCGUGAGACGAAGAACACGGUGCGAAGAAAAAAGUGUCACGAAAUUGUCGCCCGGAGCUGAUCCGAAUCUAGUCAAUCGUACAACGACCUAGUUAAGCAAUGCCAAACUAACCAGAACCAAAAGUGUGAUAUUUGCAAAUGACCAUGACAUUUAAUGUUUUAUCGUAAGAAUACAAAAGGAGAAGAAUCAGAAGACAACAGCAAUUGAACACCUGUCGACUUACGGAAGAAUCUCAACCCUACAUAAGUUAGAUAAUUACCCGAAACCAAUCCCUUCCGAAUACUCUUCUCUUCAAAUGCUGCUCUCGACUGGCUCUCGGAUGUGGGAUCGUGACCGACUGCAGCUCCUGGAUCAGCAGCUAUCUUCUAUACAUACAUCGAUCAACUAGCGCGGCCAUCAGACGAGGCCUGCUAUAAUCGCUUCUUCCCUAAGUGCGACCCUGGCCGACCCUACCAUCGGCAGCAAGUUCGUCCGUACCGUAGUCGGCAAGGCGCUUCAAAGACCGUCCUAUCGGAGUAGUAUCGGUGGUAGUUGAGCACUGGGUAGGAUCCCGAUUCGGUUCGGGUGAAUCCUAAGACUCAACUGUCGCCAAGAAAAAGCCCGCAUCGCAUCGCAUUUGCAAAAUUCCCCGGAGGCAGAGCAAUCCAGGACAAUACGUAACUUGCGGAUCUUCUUUUUCGGCUAAACGGACAAAGUGAACGGCUCCAAAAUUACGGACAACACCAUGGAGGACUUGCUUCAGGCUGGCCACGUGGUCAAAGAGCGGUGGAAGGUCCUGAAAAAGAUCGGCGGCGGCGGUUUCGGCGAGAUCUACGAAGGCCAGGAUCUGAUCACGCGGGAACAGGUCGCCCUGAAGGUGGAAUCCGCGCGCCAGCCGAAGCAAGUCCUCAAGAUGGAGGUGGCCGUCCUGAAGAAGCUGCAGGGCAAAGAGCACAUCUGCCGCUUCAUCGGGUGCGGCCGGAACGACCGGUUCAACUACGUGGUCAUGCAGUUGCAGGGUAAAAAUCUGGCCGAGCUGCGGCGCUCGCAGGCCCGCGGAGCGUUCUCGCUGAGCACCACGCUCCGGAUCGGGCUGCAGAUACUCAGAUCGAUCGAGUCCAUUCACUCGGUUGGGUUUCUUCAUCGUGAUAUUAAGCCAAGCAACUUCGCCAUUGGAAGGUUACCGUGCAAUAAUCGUAAAAUUUACAUGUUGGAUUUUGGUUUAGCCAGGCAGUACACGACCGGCACCGGUGAGGUUCGAUGUCCUCGGGCAGCCGCCGGCUUUCGCGGCACUGUUAGGUAUGCUUCGCUGAAUGCGCACAAAAAUCGAGAAAUGGGUCGGCAGGACGAUUUGUGGUCGUUGUUCUAUAUGCUUGUUGAGUUUGUUACUGGCCAGCUUCCGUGGCGUAAAAUUAAGGAUAAGGAACAAGUGGGUUUGUUAAAAGAGAAAUACGAUCAUCGUUUGCUACUCAAGCACUUGCCUUCAGAUUUCAAGUACUUCUUAGAUCACAUUCAAUCGCUUAACUACGCCGACAAGCCGGACUAUGCUAUGCUAGUAACCCUGUUCGAGCGCUGCAUGAAGCGACGCGGCGUGAAGGAAACCGAUCCGUUCGAUUGGGAAAAGACGGAGGAGAACAACGCCGACCAUGCCGGCGGGGAAGCCAAAGUAGUAAACGCAGCCGUACCAAAGAGUGAACUAAUUAAGAAACACAAGGAUAUCGAACUGACGGAGAAACGCAAAGUGAUUCCAGACUCCGUCAAGGUUAUGCACACGGAGCCGAUCGAGUCGAUCAAGCCGCAAAACGCCAACAACGUCAACGCAAACGCAAAGCUUCCGAACCCUGCUGGUGGCGCGGUAACCGGUCAGCAGCAGAACAACAACAACAACAACGUCCAGAACGAGAAGUAUGGUGUGGAUCCACUGGAUCCACGGCUCCGCCAGGCGUUCAAGGACGCCCUGAUCGCGAGCCAGGAAGGUACUAAGGUGAAGCCGGAGAUUCCAUUGGUCCGGGCCCAUACCGACGUGAACAAGGUGUCGAAACACGGUGGCAACCGGUUACGUAUCCUCACGGCACCCCCGGUCAACAUAAAAGACUUUGCGUCCUCGAUCGACAGUCUGCAGCAGCAGCACUCGCAAGCAAACGAGAUCACCAAUCUGUCGGAGGCGAAAUCGAAGCUGAAGACCGAAGCGGACGAGGUUAGCUGUACCCCUGGGGAUGGCCAGCUCACGGGAGGGAUCGGCACAACCAACGGUCAGCAGAGUACAUGCGAUGGUGGACAGCCGAAUUCGCUUACCCAGCGGCAAUCGUUGCAUUUGGGAGGCAAAAGUCUGAGGUCCUUUGCGACCCAGUCGGCCAAGUACCGUAGCCUGGCGGACGACAAGAGCUGUCGGGACUUUUCCAUCACUCAGCACGCCAUCAUCGAUGACGACAAUGCUAGUCAGCACCAGACGCCCAAGUAUCAGGGAGCUUUGACACUGGCCUCGCAGUGGAAAAGCCAGUUUGAUGAUUCGGACGAUUCGACCGAUGGACUGUGGAAGGGCGAGCAACAUUCCGAAAACGCAUCAAAGAAGAAUAUCCAGCUGGAGCAGCAGAAGCAACAGCCGCAGCAAGCACCAGAUCAGCAAAAGCAGCAACACAAGCAGAACAACAACACAUCGACGAGUGCUAUUGUUAAUAAUGGAACUACUAAUAUUACUACUACCACUACAACUACCACUACAAACAACCCAGCCGUAGCCACAGCAGCAGCAGACCUUGCAAAUAAUCUCAAUUCUUAAUUUAUUGGUAAAUCUAUGAAAUACAAAAAGAGGUAAAAGCGUAUAAAGCAGUAUAGAAAUCAGGUGGAUUUGCGGCAAAUGCGCUCAUUUCUAUCACAAUCCUUGGAAAAA